AGCUACAGUUCACCAGGAGGUUCAAAAGCGACGCGAGAAAGGAAGGAUCAUAUCGGUCAUACGCGCGAUCGAGCUUGGGGAUCGCAAUAUCAGUGAAGAGUCGACAUAAAGAAGUAAUUCUCGAUAUAGAGAGACGAAAUUAGAGAGAGAGAGAGAGAGAGAGAGAGAGAGAGAGAGAGAGAAGAGAGGCAACAAGUGAUCGGAUCGGUGUCAGAAGACAUAUAUAUACUUGUGGCACGAACGUCGGCGAUUAGCUUCAGCUCCCGUUCUCAUCUCACUAUAGAUUGAUUGUGGUGCACGCGAAGAUGAAUCUGUCGAUCGGCACGUCGGUUCUAUGCGUCCUGCUCGUGGCCCUGCUGUCGGAGACGGUGUACGCCAAGCCGGCCGCAUCUCCUUGGUAUAAUAUGCAGAGACCGCGAUAUAAACGCCAGUCCGACCAGAGAAUGGCCGAGCUCGAGACACUUUUGGCGCUGGAAAAAGUGAAAGGCAUCGUGGUGCCCAUAGGAUUUGGAGUAGUCGACCCCAAAGUCGUAGGCCGUAAACGGAGAGCCAUUAUCUCGGAGGAAAAACUGCAAAAUCUCCUGAAAAUGCUCCUUGAAAACGCGGACCAAUCGCUGUGGGAGGAUCCGCAGAAGGAGUAAAGAGACUAUCAGCUGAUUUAAUUCGAAGGCUUGGUGCCGCUCGAGAAUGAGGCGAAAGUCAGGAAAGAGAGGCGGGAGAGAGAGAGAGAGAAAGAAAGAGAGAGAGAGAGAGAGAGAGAGAACGGAGGAGGAAAGAGUGUGUGAGAGAGGAGAAAGAGGGGGGGGGGGAGAAGUAGACAAUUAGAAAGAUACACUCAUUCACACAUACAGACACUCAUACACAUACACUCACACACACGCACUCACGCACACACGCACGCACAUUUAAUUUGAUCUCUCAGCCGUGAUCCGUCGACAGCGCACUUCACUACGGACCAGCCUCCGUCCGAGCUUCCAAUUUCUUCAUAAACUUACGCCUUAAGAAAUAAGUAAUUGGCACUAUCGACGAGCGUUGAAGGAAAUGCACGUUACGCGCCUGAGGUGCUAAAAGGACGCUUGGGAACGGCAACAGCGGGAGACAACGAAAGCGUAAACGGCGAAAAUUACCGUGCAAAGUGUACCCGCGCGGUACAUAUCCUUGGAGCGGUGAAGAAAGAAACUUGGCGCACGAUCGUGUCGCAGAACUGCGUCCUUUAUUUAAGUAUUCGAGGCUUAACGAGAAAACAGUAUUUUAUAGCGAGUUUUCGUGAAUUUUAGUGAAUGCCGUUUUAGUAUUCGCGUACAAUGUGUAAACAAGCAAUUCGCAAGAUACGCUCUUUAAUUUCUCUCGACGCGCAAAAAAAAAAACGUCCGCCGAACGCGCGAACCGCCUACUCGCCGGGCGGCGAGUUCGCGGAUCUUGUUCAUCGGGGUUCAAUUUCGUCUCGCAUUUUUUUUUCACAGCCGCGCGACUCUAUAUCGCUUUCGUUUGCACUGUACCGAAACGCUUGGAUCUUCUCGUGAGAAAGCGCACGAUCGUAUUCCGACCGCGGCUCUCCUCGAACCGACCGGCGGCGUUUAGUCAGCCGCUGUAUACGCGAAACGCCUACAUGACAAUUUCGUGUAGAAAGCGCAAGAUCAUUCUAACCGGCUUUUCUCGAUCGCGUCGGUUUUCCACCGCGCGUGAAAUCGCGCAAUCACGAUGCGAUGACGCACGAUCAUUCGCGCCGCGGCCUUGAAGAGAGACGAGAUGGAGAUCGACGUCGACAGUUUCGCUUUUGCUGAAAACGUUGAAUCUUAACGAUAGAUGAAUCUCGAGUGCGUCAUAUAGAUCUCACCUCGCCGCCCGAACGAUUAGAUCCAAUGCGUAAUUUUAGUUACAAUACAUGUACAUAACGAGAUCGAUUGCGCGUCGAGCCAGAGAAGAUAGACAAGUAUAGAAGCACGGAUGCACGUGUGUUAGUGUGGUACCCGAAAACACGAAAAUUAAUAAAAAAUAUAAUAAUUUUAUUAAUUUUAUUAUAAUAAAUUUUAUUAUAAUAAAUAAAAUUAAUAAAAUUUUUUUUACUUUUUAAUAACUUUAUUAAUUUUAUUAAUAAUAAUAUUAAUGAAAUUGGCUGGGGUACUUACUAAGAAUCUUAGUACCCCAGCUUGUGAUUCCGAUAUGUAGAUCCGCGUGUUCUUCUAUACUCGUCUAUAUAUCUUCUCUGGCCGAGCUGCCUUUCAAAUAGAUUUCUUCUUUCGAAGAAUAAAUUGAAGACAGCAGCUUACAAUUGCGGUCGCGUUCGCGACGAAGCUAUCGCGAGCGACGUUUGUCAAGCGAAUCUUGCGAAUUAUAUUCGGCGGGUUUCCUUUUAAUUAGGGCGGACUAUUUAUUGCAAACAAUUCGUCGGAAUUAAUGUCCGCUCUGCGUCCUCUUCUGCGUUCACCAAAGGACCAAGAUUAACGUUUUAAUCGCGCAUCUUGAAACUCGAUCUUAAACGUCGCGAUGCGAGCGGCACGUAUUGCAUUCCGGGCUCGGCCAUGUACGUUUAUAUAUGUAUGAUUCUUAUUUAGUUUUGUUUUUUCUCUCUUUUUAUGACGUUGAUAGAGCAAUGGUAGAUAGAAAAAUUGCGUUAGACUAAAAGGAAUGUAUUAAUUUAUUCGAUAUGGGAUUAAUAAUGAUGACAUAUGUAUAUCGAAAGACAGCACGCACGAGGUACGACGUGACAUUAUCGCAGCACGUUGCCAAUUCGAGCUCUAUAGACGAAUUUUAUUUAUUUUGUAAGUGUUUUGAUUUUUUUGGAGAUUGUUUUUAGGUAUUGUUAGUAUUAUUUAAUGAUUGGACUCGGCCCCCUCGUCGGCGCCCCAGCGAGAGUCCACGUUCCUUACUACUUACUAUAUUUAUCGUCAUUUGUAAUGUCUACCGUUUUACCUGUAUACCUUAUAUUUAUUGUAUAUUUAUUACUUAUUUAUUUAUCUAUUAUUUAUUUAUUUAUUUAUUUAUUCAUUGAAUGCGGACGCGCGACUAUAUGCGUGAAUUUUAGGACGUGAAUUUCGCAAAUCGAUUAAUUUUUAAUAAGAUUUUCUCGCUGUAAUCGAGCACCUUUACCACACAUUUACCGUUUCUCUUUUCUCAUCUUACUAAUCACGUCGUCGGAUUACUUUGAAAAAAAAACAUGUAUACGCGAUUAUAAAUGCAAUAAAAGGAAUUAAUCGAUUAUUCAUGCAA